AUUUUUAUAAAAAUAGCCAAAAACCACAAGUGUAAAGCAAAGAGAGAGUUCCAGAAUAAGAAUCUUGAUUCAAUACCACAAAGAAAAUAAAAAAGGCAAAACAAGAAAAACAAUUCUCUUCUUUCCUAACACUUCUUUUGUUACUUCUUGAAAAUCGCAAAAAAGAUUAUUUUUUCGAUAGAAGAAAAGGGGGAGGAGAUUAGCUGCUAUCGAUAUUGAAAACUUCUUUUUGCUAUGGCGGAAGAAUUUCAACUAGAAGGAGGAAAUUGGUGGGAAAAUAAUACGUCCACAUCAUCAAGGAAUAGGUUCGAUAGUGGUUCAUCUAGUACCCCUACAACUUCCACAUCGGCCAUUACUACUAACUAUAGUAGUAAUUGGCCGACACAAACUGAUCAUGUGGAGGACAUCAAACCUAAGGCUUUCUUGGAUUCCGUGUCGGUCUCUCAAUCUUCCAAUCAUGAUGGUAGAGGAGGAGGAGGUGGUGGAGAUGGCGGCGAGGUUUUAUCUUCUCAUGAUCCUAAUUUCCAAAUUAUGGGUUUAGGCCUUACUUCCCAUCAACCACAUGAAUGGAACCACCAAUCUUUAUUGAAUUUUGAGGAUUCUUCAUCACAAAUGAAUAUUAGGGGUUUUUCAUUAGAUCAAAAUAAUUCAGUAUUUAGUAAUUCAUCGAAUUAUGAAGUAGUUGAUAAUCAUCAAGUGUUGCAUUCGUCUCCGACGAACUCUUGGUCUAAAUUUCCUCAAUUUCUCAGAACAUCGCUGUCAUCGAAACAACCACCACUACCGCCACCGGUGCCGCCAUUGCCGCCACCUCACAGCCAACUGCAUUUCUCAAAUAAUACACCAUUUUGGAAUGCAAGUGCAGCUUCCAUGAAUGAUGUUCCAUCAAGCCUCUUUCCUUCUAAUUUGCAUAAUAUUCCACAACUUCCCAAUAACACAACAGUUGAUGAGAAAGCAAAGAAUAUGGGAGAGGUUAGAGAUAUAAAUAGAAUUACAUCAAAAAAAGGCAGCAGUACUGAAACAUCAAAUAAAAGAGCAAGGAAUGAAACUUCCUCUCAUUUGCCGCCUUUUAAGGUGAGAAAAGAGAAACUGGGAGACAGAAUCACUGCACUUCAACAAUUAGUCUCACCUUUUGGAAAGACAGAUACAGCUUCUGUAUUAUCAGAAGCAAUUGAGUACAUAAAGUUCCUUCAUGAUCAAAUUGGUGCAUUAAGCGCUCCAUAUAUGAAAAGUGGAGCAUCCAUGCAGCAUCAACAGAGCCGUAAUAAAUCCGAGGAUGUUGGAGAAGGAAGAAGCAAAGAUUUGAGAAAUCAAGGAUUAUGUUUGGUUCCAAUUUCAAGCACUUUCCCAAUAACUCAUGAGACUACUGUUGAUUUAUGGACACCAAAUACUUUUGUGUCAACUUUUAGAUAAUUUUCGUCCAAAAUGUACUCGUCGCAAAUCUUGCAACGAAGACAUUUUCAUGGAAAAUUUCAUGAAAAUGUUCGUGGAAAAUCUCAUGAAAAUGUUCGUUGGAAAUUAACUGACGUAGUUAGACGGAUUCAAAAUAUAAAAUUGAUGGAGACUCGACAUCUAAUGUUCUUAGCAUUGAACUUGUUGUGUGGUACUUCUUAAAUUAUGGAUUAGUAUUUUUUUUUA